CCCUCGGCAAUAAUUGAAUCUGUAAACCAUAAACGAUAGCCCAUUGUGCCUCAAGACCUAGCAGAAUGGCGGCCCCAGCAGCAGCAGCCGGAGUGCUGUCAAAAACAUUCCGAACGGGGAAAAAAAAAAUCUUUCUGCCCAGUCACACGGUCAAAUUCCUCGCGCCGAAACCCAACCAACACCCGGCCUUCGCGACAUUCGAAGUGCCGCUGACCUUCAACAAAUUCGACCUCCGCGACUACCUUCUGCACGCGUACAGGACGCCCGUGCUCGCCGUGCGGUCGCAGCUGCGGCAGCAGCGGCCCACGAAGUCCAAGACCAACGGCCGCAUAUACCGCCCGGUGCCGAUCAAGACGAUGACGGUGCAGCUCGCGCAGCCCUUCGAGUGGCCGGCGAUGCCGGAGGACUUAUCGCCCUGGAAGCCGGACAACCUGGCCCGGGCGAAAAAGCAGCAGGAGGAAACGCAGAAGCUCGAGGAGACGUCGAGGAACGCGGCGUUGUUCCCGCUCCGCGAGAAUAUGCGUAAAGCGAAGUCGUGGACGAACAUGAGGGCGGAGGCCAAGCGGUUGCUGCAGGAAGGCGGAUGGUCGAAUAAGCGCGACUUGGACCCGAGAUUCACGGAGAAGGAGGAGGAGGGGAAGAAGAGGUAGAGAGGAUAAAGAUGAGAUGAUUGAUUUUAUGUCGAAAAGGGAGGAGGGGAAGAAAGCGUCAUGAAGAGCGUGUAUGCGUUCCUCUGCUCCGUGAAUAGAGAGGGCAGAUGCUGCAGAUUCGAGACUAUCUGUGUACGACUACGCGCGUUCACCUGCUUAUGAGGUGUGUAUCAUAGCGAACGACUAGAUGACUAAUUGGUCAGGGGGGCAUGAUGAAGAUACAAUCAAAGUAAAUAUCAAGCCAAUGGGUUUCAGCAAUUGAGACAGUUGAUAACCCGAAAUUAAAAA